AUGCAAAUUGCCGCCUUCCUUUCGGAUCUCAAAUCCCUCACCAUCUGCUCACACGAGGCUGCCAUCGCUCUCGUCAAGCCACCAGCGCCUACAGAAGCAGAGGCAGCAGACACAACAGCACCAAAGAAGUCAGAGGACGUGUCGGCACACUCGUCAGGACGUGAUACUCGACGCGACGACCAGGACCUUCAACGUGCCAACGAAUUGAUAUCACUGCACUACGACGUCAAGUUGAAAUAUCUUGAGACUGGCCCAGACCCAGAAUUGGAGCAAGCGGGGAGGGAUGUCGACGAGGUCCUGGCGGCUCUGAGCAGAUCUCGCCGAUAG